GAUCAGUUUGAGAGUUACGAGGAAUAUUUGGAUAGUUUUAUUAGUGAAGAAGAUUACAGAUAUCUUGGAGAGGUGGAGUUUGCAAGAAUUUUAGUAGAACUUGGAUACAGAUCCUCGGGGACCCUCAGUAGAGACAUCUUUGAACAAGGGAAGAUAGAUCGAGACGUUCAGAAAUCCUUGAUGGCAAUCCCUCGGUCUCUUCAUUCCACACAAUCAGGAGAUCAGCAGCAGGCACUUCAACUUUCAAGACUACAGCAGUUUUUGAAAACUAGAAUAUUUAAUGAGAAGGUUAAUAUUCUUACAUUGCUUUACAUCAAUAGAAGAGAGAUAUCAGGGUUCAUUGAUUUAAAUGCUCGAGGUAAAAUGGAAAACUGUCUUCCUUACAUUCAAGGAACUAAACUCAUACUUCCGAAGCCUGGAGAUUUAACCUACGUCAACAUUACGAGUUCUAAAAUUUUCUCCUCCAACUCUAUUCACUGGGAGAUUUCUGGGAAUGCUAUCGAAGGUGUCGUCUUUAUAAACAAACGAACUCAAGAACAAGUUCUAUCUCCACUAGAAAACUUCACCAGUGAUAAAAACGACAAAAAUACAAGGGAUUCAAGGUGGACUGAGCUAAUUUGCCAAGAAUAUGAAAACUCAAAACUAUUAUUUUAUGAUUUUAAAAUUUUAAAAAAAUAGUUUUUUGUUGUUUAAAUACAUUAAAUGA